AUGGCCCGUGACUUUGUCGCUCAUGAGAAGUUGAAGGAAUGGGAGGCUCAAUUUUCUCGUGAGUAUUUUGAGAAGAAGCCUAUUCCUCCUCGCAAGAAGCCUGAGGGAUUUAUGUUCUUGAUUCGCCAAGAUAUGAUGGGAGACCUUGAAUCUGUCACGUCUAUUGACAGUCUCGAGUCUGCAGAUACAGACUAUGGAGAAGGGAGUAAUCAACAUAGCCAUGAAGAUAGUUAUGAUGCUGACAGCGAGAACUCAACUCAAGACAACAAAAAUUUCAGCGAUGACGCCUCCAACGAGACCUCUCAGGUUGACCCCGAAGAUUUGUUCUACGGUGAUGCCACCGAGGGUACCCCUGAUGUUGAAAUUCCUGAACGCAAACUCGUUCGAGCGUAUGACGAGCCGGCAGCCCCUAUCUUGAACUUGUUCUUCCCUAUGAUGGACCUGGGACGUGAUGGUGAUUUUGUUGAAUAA